UUUAGGGAAUAUUUCAAAGUAUUCUUAAUAGUUUAAGAUUCAAGAAAUAGAUAAUAUGUAAUCAUAAUGAAAACAAUUAGGGACGGGAAUAAUACCUGUUCACCCACACUGUAAUUCUCAGAGAUUAAUGUUUUCCAAAAAUUUAUUGAAUGAAGAAAAUGGACGAACGUAAUAUUAGUUAAUUUAAACUCUCGUGAUUUUCAUCUGUUACUUAAAGUCUAGAAAUAUUUUAAACUGUAUAAUUGCGAUAGUUUAAAAUAUUUAGCUUUAAUUUUAAAUGCUGUGUAUCCUGAUGUGUUUAUGAUAGGGAAUUGAGCAGAAAAAUUAUUGUUGUUUUGAUAAUAUUGUUUUAUUAUCUAUUCAAUGUUUAUUUGUUAUUCAAUGCAAACGAAUGAUUUAGUAUAAAUUAUCAUGUCAUGGAAUUGGUUUUAGCACAGUGAUUUUCUAAUGGAUCAAUUCAAUUUAUCACGUUAUGCGAAUUUAACUGUUCAAAGGAUUGAACCAUCUGAAGAAAAGCCACUACCUAGGGUUAUAGAAAAUGAAGAUGGUAGUGAUGAAGAAGAUGAUUUUAGUGGUAGUGAGGAAGAAGCGAACAAAACCCUGGAAAUUCCGAAAACUGAAGGUGAUUCAGAAGAAUAUGAAAUUCCUACAACAACUAAUAUAAAUGGAGGAGUCAAAUUAGAAUCUGAUAAUAUUCUAAAUGAAUCAGAAAAUGAGAUUAAAAACCAUGAACAAAAUGAUCAAGAUAUUGAAACAAAAUCUAAAAGAAAAUCUGGUGAGGAAGAAGAUGAUCAAACUCUAAAAAAAGCUAAAAUGAACGAAGAAAAAACUAGUGAUGAAGAUCCUGAUAAUCAAACUUCAUCUGAUAAACGACCUACCAAUUUGAGGCGUAAUAUUCGAGAAGUGAUGGAUGAAACAAAAUUAGAUGAAUCGACCUUGGCUGCUCAAAGACAAGAAAUGGAGAGAUUAAGACGUGUUCAAGAACAACAGCGGAUCAUUAGAGAAGUUCAAAAACAAAUUACAAUUAAUAGACAAAAUUCUAAAGCUCAAGAUCGUGUUAUGUCUCUGUUACAAGGUGGUACUACUUCAUUAAUUAAAAAAAGUUCUGUACCUACUGAACUGGAAGAACAAACUAAACCUAAUACAAUUGUGAUAUCUACUGAUUCUGGAUCACCUCAGAUUUUUAAUAAAAAAAUGUUGGAAAUAUUGAAAAAUCAACCAGAUGUUUCAACAGAUGGAAAUGAAAUGAAUAAAUUAUCUUCCAUUGCUUCUAAACUUGGAGAUGUAAGGGAACCACACAUGGUUACUUCAUCUGUUUCUAUUGCUCCCAUAAAACCAACAAAAAUAGCUGAAGUUGUAACUAUAAGUAGUGGAAGUGAAGAAGAAGAAAUAGAACAAAAACCUCAAAGUUCAGAUGAUGACUGUAUACUAAUAUCUGGUGAUGAAGAAGAAGAAGACAUUGCAGAUGAUGAUGCACAUAAUAGUGGUAUGCAUACAAACGAUGCUUAUAAUCUACCAGAUGAAUCUGGGCGAGUUCUUAUAAAUGUUGGGCAUCCAGACAACGAGCCAGAUGUUUUCUUAGCUCCGCAAAUUGCACGUAUUAUAAAACCUCACCAAAUCGGUGGUGUAAGAUUUUUGUAUGAUAAUGUGGUUGAAUCUCUUGAAAGAUUUAAAUCUUCUAAAGGAUUUGGGUGUAUACUUGCCCAUUCAAUGGGUUUAGGUAAAACUCUCCAGGUUGUUUCAUUUUGUGAUGUUUUUUUAAGACAUACUCCAGCAAAGCAUGUGCUAUGCAUUAUGCCUAUAAAUACUUUACAAAAUUGGAUGGCUGAAUUUAACAUGUGGCUUCCUUUACCUGAUGAUACUAAAACAUAUUCAGAAGACACAACAAAAAAUAACAAUAUCAUUUAUAGACAGUUCCCAUUAUUUGUGCUUAAUGAUUUUCAUAAAACGAUAUCUGCACGAGGCAAAGUGAUACAUAGUUGGCGAAAUGAAGGUGGUGUUCUUCUAAUGGGCUAUGAACUCUACAGACAGUUAACAUCGAGAAAACCAAGAAAAAAACGAAACAAAAAACAAAUUGAUGAUGAUUUUUAUGAUGAAAAAAAUAAACCAUUGCUUGAUGAAAUGAGAGAAGCAUUAGUUAAACCAGGACCAGAUUUAGUUAUUUGUGAUGAAGGACAUAGAAUUAAAAAUAGUCAUGCUACUACUUCUCAAUCUCUUAAAGAGAUUGAAAGUCGACGUCGUGUAGUAUUAACAGGAUAUCCGUUGCAAAAUAAUUUAUUAGAAUAUUGGUGCAUGGUAGAUUUUGUCCGUCCAAAUUAUUUAGGAACAAAAACUGAAUUUAGUAACAUGUUUGAAAGGCCUAUUCAAAAUGGUCAAUGUAUUGAUAGCACACCACAAGAUAUUAGAUUAAUGAGACAUAGAGCACAUGUUUUACAUUCCCUUUUAGAAGGAUUUGUUCAGAGGAGAAGUCAUUCCGUAUUAGAAAAAACACUACCACAAAAGGAAGAAUAUGUUUUACUUGUUCGUAUGACUCCUUUACAACGAUUGCUAUAUGAUCGUUUCAUGAACGAAGUUGUACGGAAAAAAGCUGUUCCUAAUCCAUUGAAGGCAUUUGCAGUCUGUUGUAAAAUUUGGAAUCAUCCCGAUAUUUUAUAUUAUUUUUUGAAAAAACGAUCAUUGGAUGAAGCUGAAAUUGAUUUAGAUCUUGAAGAAGCUAGUACACCUUUAGGUACACCUUUAGGACCAACUCCAGCAACUUCUCCUUCUGCAGCACCCAAAAGAUCUAGAAACCGAUGGCCAAAAGGAGGAGGAAUGAACCCAAAUUCUAAAGAAUUAAAAAACAAUCCUAAUCGCAAGUUUCAGAAUGUAAAGAAAGAUCUAAUUAAAACUCCAGCGGUAGCUACAGUUAUGCCUAAUACAAGUAAUAAUCAACUUAUUACUCCUACUACUCACAACCAUAAUACCACAGCUGCCACGCAACCUAUACAAGCUAAUCAAUUUGAUGAUUAUUCUCAAUCACAACAAUAUAGAAAUCAAGGGAAUUUUACAAACCAACAGUUUAACAAUUAUAAUCAAAACUAUAAUUCUUCUUACUGGAAAGAAGGUGGAAAUUUUUACCGCGGUAAUCCAGAAUAUUAUCAAUCUAAUCAAAGUUCAGAAACAAAAAGUCAAUUUCCUUACCCCCAAGAUCCUAGGUUAGAAGUUGGAGAAAUUAGGAUGGUGAAAAGUGAACCUAGUUAUCAAAACUAUGAUGAAACUAGUUAUAGUGUUUCAAAUGAUCAAAAUAAUUACCAAAAUCGUAGAUUUAAUCAAGAUUCUACUCAAGGAAUACAAGAAACUGAACAAUCAUUACAUAGUCAGAAUUUUACCUCUGAUAUCCAUAAAGUGAAUAAUUUUUCAAAUCAAGGCACAAAUAAAGAAACAGUAAACUGUCAAAGCAUUUCAAAUAUAUCAAGAUUGCAAACAGAAAAUAUUACUGAUCAAUUGUCGAAACUAAAACCGAAAAAUAUACGAAAUCGAAAAUCCAAUAUAAAUAAUAAACAAAUUCUAAAAAAUCAAUCAAUAAACAUGAUUAAUUCAGGAACACAUAUUGCUAAUAAUGAUAAUGAUAGUAACUUAACUAAUCAACAAGUAAUAUCUAAUACUAAAGAAAUUUCAUUUAGGCAAGCAUUUAAUCAAGUUAAUAACCAAGAAAUUCAUUCUAAUAACAAUCAAGGAUUAUUUACAAACAAUCAAGAUAUUCUAACAAGUAAUAACAAAGGAAUAUUUGGAAGCUCUUCAGGAAAUAAUGAAGAUCUCCAGUUUACUAGCAAUCAUACUUCUUUAUCAGAAAGUAAUAAAGGAAUAUAUGGAAGUGGCUUAAUAAAACAGGGAAAUGACAAUAAUUCUGAUAUGGCUGUUAGUUUUGAGGGGAUAUUUGAUAAUAAUGAAAUUAUGACAAAUCACCAAAAAUCUAAUUUGAAUCAUCAACUUUCUAUUCAAACCAAUAUCAGCCAACAGAAUAUUAGUAAUAGUUUAAAUAAUAAUCAAGGUACUUUAAACAACCAAAGUAUUCAAAAUCAAGUAUCAAAUCAAAUAAUUGACAAUCCAAGAACAAUGAAUAACACCUCUGUCAACCAAGGUGUAAGAAAUCAAGGGAUGUUGUUGUGUGAUAAUAAUAACCAAGGGAAUUUAACAAAUAGCUCAGGAGCUUUACAGCAAAAUCAUUCUAGACCUAUACAACAUGAUCGUAGUAUGUUAACACAACAUCAGGAAAUUGAUCAAAAAUUUGUCAAUCAGCAACAACAUCAACAGCAGCAGCAGCAACAACAACCACAACACCAACAACAGCACCAUCAUAAUCAAGAACAACAUUAUCAAAAUUCAGAUAAUAUGUUAUCGAAUCGAGGACAUAUUCCAAUUAGGGAAUCUUUUAUAAACCCUAAUAAUUCAAGUAAUAAUUAUAACAAUUAUAUGUUAGAAUCAAGUCAGCAUAUGAAUAGUCAAAAUCAUAAUUAUGGAAAUAUGUUACCCAGUUCCCCAUUUCAAAAUCAAAAUAUUUUAAAUGAUCAAAUGUUACACGACCAAGAAAUGUUAUUGGCUAAUGACCAGGCCAUGUUAAGUGUUCUCAAUUCUACAACUGAUGCCAAUGAACAAGCAUUAUUAUAUAACGCUAUGGUAGGUCAACCAGAUGGACAGGGUUUGCUUGGUCUUUUAGAACCUCCUAAUAUGUUGAACAAUCAAAUUAAUGAAUAUCAACCUGCUUAUGGCCCUUUGCCAUCAAACAUUAAACCUGGAUUACCAGGAGGUGCAAAAACAGAUCCUGAAUCAAAUCAGUAUACUAGAACAUCAGGUAUGCCACAUAUGGUUGGUAGAGGAGUUGGUUUGAUGUCUGCAACACAAACUGCAAAUCAAACUGAAGUAAAAAUGUUUCCAGAUCCUAAUCGCUUUAAUAUAUCAAAUUCAAAUGAUUCAUAUUCAAGGUAUUCAAAUUAUUCAUCUAUGUAUCCACCAUAUACUCCUAGCACUAGUACACCUUUAGGUAGUAUAUCUGAUAUAUUAGAUAACAUUCCUGGACCUGAAUGUACAUAUCAACCUCCUGAGCGUAAAAAUCCAGCACCUUGCACUAUGACCAGCCAAGAUGUUAAUCCAUUACCACCAUUUCGUUCAUUAGAAAACAAAACAAAAUAUGAAUUUGGAAGUACUAGCAUUAAUGCUGAUAUUGAUAAGUCUCAUGAAGAGAAAAGUACUUUGUUUUCUUUAAAUAAAGAAUCAAGAUCCUUAGACGAUACCAUAGAUCCAAAAUUAUCUUCAUUAGAGGAAGGCGAAAUAAAAAAUCCUUCUCUUUUAAUGAAAAGUGGCAAGGAAGAACCAGGGAUUCCAUAUGAUUGGGCGGUUGAAUUAUUUCAUGAUUAUGUACCUGGUAUGAUUGAAGCUUCAGCAAAAAUGUCACUAUUAUUUGCUAUUGUUGAAGAAUCUGUUCGUGUUGGGGAUCGUGUAUUAUUAUUUAGUCAAUCAUUAUUUACAUUAGAUUUAAUAGAGGAAUUCUUGCAGCGGAAUAAAAUACCAGGAAAAGAUGAGAAUUGGUGUCGAAAUUGUGAUUAUUAUCGUCUUGAUGGCAGUACCUCAGCAUCUGAACGUGAAAAGUUAAUAAAUGAUUUCAACAUCUGCAAUACAGUUCAUUUAUUUUUAGUAUCAACACGUGCUGGAUCAUUAGGCAUUAAUCUUGUUGGAGCAAAUAGAGUUAUUGUAUUUGAUGCCUCUUGGAAUCCUUGUCAUGAUACUCAAGCUGUAUGCCGUGUUUAUCGCUAUGGCCAAAAGAAACCUUGUUUUGUAUAUAGGCUAGUUACUGAUAACUGUUUAGAAAAAAAAAUCUAUGAUAGACAAAUUAACAAACAAGUAAUGGCAGAUAGAGUUGUUGAUGAAUGCAAUCCAGAUGCUCAUUUAUCCAUAAAAGAAGUAACUAAUUUAUGUUGGGAUGAUGGAGAAUCUAUACCUACAAAAGAUUUUUCAUCACUCAAAGAUAAUUAUGAAGAUACAGUAAUUAAAUACAUUGUUGAAAAUUUAAGUUCUGUGCUUACCAAGGAACCAUUUCAACAUGAAUCAUUAUUUGUUGACCGUAAAGAUAAAAAAUUAUCACAGGCAGAAAAGAGGUUAGCUAAAAGAAGUUAUGAAAUGGAGAAGAAAGCAAAUUCUAGACCUAUGUAUUCAUAUUAUGGUCAAACUCCUACAUCUUCAUUAUAUAGAAAUCAAAUGGGUAAACCAAUGGCUAGUGUACGUCCAAUGCAAUCAAUGUCUAAUACUUCAUCAGUUAUGGCAAGCAGAAAUGCUUUAAAUCGUAGAUGGAUACCAGCUGAAGUAUGGCAAAAACAAGGAAUGAGUGCUCAAGAAAUGACACUACCACUUGAUGUGGUGAUUCCAACCAAUGCUGGAGAUCGAGGUUCAAUUGUACUGAAAGCUGGUCAAAAAGUAAUGGUGCUGAAGAGUCCUAAAGGAAUUUAUAUGCAGUUAGAAAGUGGAAAAAUAAUUGCUAUUCGAACAUCAGCUAAUAAUAAGCCCAAUAGUCCAGCACUUCCUGGUCAAACAUUCAGCUCUCAACAACAGCAACCACAACCACAACCACAAUUAAAUCAGCCUUCUACAAUUGCAUAUAAUAGGCCACAAUCACUAGAAAGUAGUUUUAAUUCAGGACCUAAAAAUGAUAUGCAACAAAUACGAAACCGUUCAAAUCUUUUAAGAAAUAAUCCUAGCAUUUCAAUAACACCUAAACAUAUACAAACACCGUCUAGAACUGUUCAAUCACCUUCAUAUAUGCCACCAACUCAUUCAUCUGCUGCUGGUUCCCAAUCUUCAUCACCUAUUUUAUGUCCAUCAACAUAUCCACCUAAAUUGCCUUCUUCGAUAACCUUAACAAAAUUUGACCGACCCCCUCAUAAAUCAUCGGAAAUAGGGGUACAGGCUGAUUCAGCCAACUCAUGUUAUGGACCUAGGUAUCCACCAGAAUAUCCAAGAUCAUUUGAUAGGUAUCCUGUUCAAAAUGAAUAUUCUGCUAGGCUUCCUCAACCUUAUACUAAUAAUUACCCACCACAAUAUCAUCGUCCCUCAUCUUCGCAAUAAAAAUAUUCGUAUUUUAUAAAAAGACUAAUUUGUAUAUAUAAAAUAUUGUAAAAAUAUUUCCUGUAUG